CCCCCGCAGCCCCCGACACCUACCAAGAGCCGGGAGCUGUUCCGGAACCAGCGCAGGGAGUCCGAGGGCUCCGUGGACUGUCCCAAUCUGGAGUUCGAGUAUGGGGACGCCGACGGCCACGCAGCCGAGUUGUCAGAACUGUACAGCUACACCGAGAAUCCGGAGUUCACCACAAACAGGCAGUGCUUUGAAGAGGACUUCAGAAAGCAAGGGCAAGGGCUGGCUGGAUCUGGGAGAGACGCAGCAGAAGGCUUACGUGAUGCGGCUCCUGGAUGGUCUGGAGGUGGUCCACCGGGACCGGAGGCUGAAGGUGGCUCGUGCCAUCCUCUACCUGGCCCAGGGUUCCUUCGGAGAGUGUGACUCUGAGGCUGACGUGUUGCUCUGGUCUCGGUACAACUGCUUCCUGCUCUACCAGAUGGGAACCUUUUCUGCCUUCCUGGAACUGCUCAACAUGGAGAUCGACAACAGCCAGGCUUGCAGCAGCGCCCUGAGGAAGCCGGCCAUCUCACUAGCGGACAGCACCGAGCUCCGGGUGCUGCUGAGCGUCAUGUACCUGCUGGUGGAGAACAUCCGCCGCGAACUGGAGACUGACCCCGGCCGAUGGAGGGUCGCGCGGGAGACCUUUCGCGCCGAGCUGAGCCUCCCCGUGCACAAUGAGGAGCCAUUUGCCCUCCUGCUGUUCUCCAUGGUCACCAAGUUCUGCAGCGGCCUCGCCCCGCACUUCCCCAUGAGGAAGGUCUUGCUCCUGCUCUGGAAGGUGGUCACUUUCACGCUGGGUGGCUUUGAGGUCCUGCAGACCCUGAAGGUCCGGAAGCGGGAAGAGCUGGGUCUGCCCCCGCUGACGGAGGACAGCAUCCAGGUGGUGCGGCGCAUGCGGGCCGCCUCCCCGCCCUCCUACACCCUCGACCUGGGCGAGUCGCAGAUGGCUCCCUCGUCCAAGCAGCGCGGGCACCGCAGCCGCAGACCCCUCAUGAAGCAGGACAGCCUGGACAUCUACAAUGAGCGAGACCCCUUCAAGAAUGAGGAGACCCCACCAGAGGAGGAGGAGGAUGGGGAGGGGGAGAACACCCUGGAUGGAGACCCAGACCCACUAGAGCGAGACCCUCUGCUUCCACCUCUGCCCGCCCCACCACCGCCCGCGGAGCGGGUGGCCUUCCCCAAGGGGCUGCCCUGGGCCCCCAAGGUCAGGCAGAAGGACAUCGAACAUUUUCUGGAGAUGAGCAGAAACAAGUUCAUCGGUUUCACCCUGGGCCAGGACACAGACACGUUGGUGGGGCUGCCUCGGCCCAUUCACGAGAGUGUGAAGACUCUGAAGCAGCACAAGUAUGUCUCCAUCUCUGAUGUGCAGAUCAAGAAUGAAGAGGCUCUGGAGAAAUGUCCCAUGUCCCUGGGAGAAGAGAAUGUGCCAGAGACCCCCUGUGAGAUCCUGUACCACGCCAUGCUCCACUGCCUUCCCCAGUACAUGAUUGCUCUGCUCAAGAUCCUUCUGGCUGCAGCCCCCACCUCCAAGGCUAAGACGGAUUCCAUCAAUAUCCUGGCUGACGUCCUGCCUGAAGAGAUGCCCAUCACCGUUCUCCAGAGCAUGAAGCUGGGCAUUGACGUGAACAGGCACAAAGAGAUCAUUGUGAAAAGCAUCUCCGCUGUGCUCCUGCUGCUGCUCAAACACUUCAAGCUGAACCACAUCUAUCAGUUCGAGUACGUAUCUCAACAUUUGGUGUUUGCCAACUGCAUCCCGUUGAUCCUGAAGUUCUUCAACCAAAACAUUCUGUCCUACAUCACCUCCAAGAACAGCAUCUCUGUCCUGGAUUAUCCCUACUGCAUUGUCCAAGAUCUGCCAGAGCUCACUGCUGAAAGCCUGGAAGCUGGAGAAAACAACCAGUUCUGCUGGAGGAAUCUUUUUUCCUGUAUCAAUUUACUGAGGGUACUCAACAAGUUGACUAAAUGGAAGCAUUCCAGGACUAUGAUGCUAGUCGUGUUUAAGUCGGCACCAAUCCUGAAACGGGCACUGAAGGUCAAACAGGCCAUGAUGCAGUUGUAUGUCCUGAAAUUGUUGAAGAUCCAGACCAAAUACCUGGGGCGACAGUGGAGAAAAAGCAAUAUGAAGACCAUGUCUGCCAUUUAUCAGAAAGUACGGCACCGUAUGAAUGAUGACUGGGCUUAUGGAAAUGACAUUGAUGCCAGGCCAUGGGACUUUCAAGCGGAGGAGUGUACCCUGAGGGCCAGCAUCGAAGCCUUUAACAGUCGACGGUACGAUAGGCCCCAGGACUCUGAGUUUACACCCGUGGACAACUGCUUGCAAAGUGUGCUGGGCCAGAAUUUGGAACUUCCUGAGGACUUCCAUUAUUCCUAUGAACUCUGGCUGGAGAGGGAGGUGUUUUCCCAGCCUAUUUGCUGGGAGGAGCUACUGCAGAACCAGUAACCAGGCUCUUCUACUGCCUACAAAGUGCUGAAUGCCAUGGUCUGGAUGUGCUUGGAAAAAAUAACCUUCCUUCCAGCCCUGGAAACUGACUUUGUUUUGACCCAGUCCAGAUCCAGUCUGGGAGAUUAGGGGCAGAUCUGGGGCUAAUCCUGGGGUUUAAUAAUAAUAAAGAUGGCAUUUGUUAAGCGCUUACUCUAUGUGCCAAGCACUGUUCUAAGCACUAGUUCUUCUUCAAAACUGAUCUAAAUUGACCUUGGGGCUUGGACCAAAGUUGACUCUCUUUUUCUCUACUGUGUUUCACCUGCCCUCGAGGAGACCUGAAUUCCCGGAUCAACCCCAGGAAUGAACCAGCCUCUCAGGGAUCCUCUAGCAGGUUACUCCGGAAAGAAGCGGUCUUCUCCUGAGUCCAUUGAUGGACUCUACCCUGUCCAAAUUCCGGACAGACUUGACCAAAAUCAGAUCGGCCUCCAGGUGGUAGAGAAAAUUUGCUGGAUUUUUUUUGCUCAGUGGCAACCACCCUGCUGGGAAACCGUUAGUCCUCCUCAUUUCAUCCAGGCAGUGACUCCAGGAUGGGGAGGGAGGACUCAGAGCCAACAAAUAUCUUACUGUUCAACCCAGGAUCCCUUGGGCUUUCCUUUGGGUUUUGCAAAAACAGCUUUGAAAUGAGACCCUCAUUUGAACAGGUGACAACUCAGAAUCAUCGAUUUUUAAAUGGACCCGCCAAGAAGCUCUGAAUUAAUCUGAGACUUUUUUUUUCCAGCUUCACUUUUCAUUUGAAGAAUGAAUCUACUGUUUUAUAAAAACAGGGGCCCUCCCCUAGGAAAAUGUGGCAUUAUUCAACCACCCCUGCAUGCUGGAGAAAGAUGCAAUGUUUAGGAUGUAUUCUUAACAGUGUCUUGCUUGAUUUGUUUCCGACCCCUUUACUCUUUUGAGAAGUGGGAUUUCCUGGGCUGUUAUGAGAAAUAAUAGUAUAUAUGAAAAUCCAGAUUUCCUCGGAGUGUUACAAAUCAAGGAACAGCUCCAAUCUUGGAAUGACUGAGCAGAAAGUAACCCUUUUCACCCAAUUCACAUUUGAUAUUAUUUAUUGUGAGAAUGUGUCUUUUGUGUUCCCGUUCUAUUUAUUUUUUAAUUGAAUGGAACAAGAAUGUAAAUCUGCAUUUUUCUCCUUUCUGGAUUAAUGAUUUUUCCUUCUAUCUCGAUCAUUUGGGAGUAUCAUGUGGAGACUGAGAAACACUGUUUCUGCCUACAAUCAUUGUAUGCUUCUGAUAAUGUAAGGGUUGGAGUGCAAACAUUUUAAUGCUCCCCUGAACUCCAAUGGAACUACUGACUUUGUAACAGAAGGAGGGUUGAGCUACCUUGAGCCGUUUGGCUUCUCUAUUUACCUUCUCUUUCUCUGCCAAACCAUAUGCCAUCCUCUUUCCAUCCUACUCCAUUGCUUUUCUUCCCUUCCAAUAUCCCCGUAAUCCCUUUCCUCUUUUGUGGUGGCACCAGCCAGCAUUCAUUACGGUGCCAAAGGGAGCAUUCAGAGCCCCCGUGGGCAUCACCGCUCCACUCUGCACCUGAAUACGUAGGACCCCCAUUUUCUAGUCAUGGCAAAAUGGAUGUUGCACCAUGAAGAAGGAAACUAUUCUUUUGAAGAGAGAACGGCAAGGCAAUUUGUACGUUUGCUUUUGUGAUCUUUAAGCAAGUGGGAAUUCAGCUCAUAGGCAGUAGCAAAAGUGAGUGUUUUGUAUAGCUAAAGCAUCAAAUGACUAGGCUUUUUAUGGAAUUUAUGAUCACACCUAAGGUGGUCAAUUUGUUGUGCUCAGGAUUGGAUUGUAUUGGACCAGCAGUAUUUCUCAUGAAACUUGUUAAAAAGACAAAUUUGGAGAAAAUAAGGGAUAAAUCUAUUUACUUAAUGCUUAUUUUUGUCUCAAAAAUGAACGGUUCACCUCUUCAAGUGCAUGUGCAUGCCCCCAGAAUAUAGGAUAAUGAGCAGUUUUAGUAUCUGAUUUUUAUUAACUAUUUUUCACAAUUCUCUCCUGGCCAAUUUGUUCUCAAUGUGUAGAUAAGGGAAACAACACAAUCAAAACCACAAAGCAAGUGCUUGGCAGGGCUGGGGAGAAGAACUCAGGGGUUUUGACUUCCAACCCAGUGCUUCAUUCUACAAACUCAUUAAAGGAUGUCUGUCCAGUCCUAUAAGCAGCUCUGAUCUUUCAGUUUGAGAAGUCACUGGCAUGACUAGAAAUGGAAACAGACUCCCCUGCCUUCAAUAAUUGGUAUUCUCCAAUGAAGUUACUUUGGUUAAUUGACUUGGGAAUUUUUAUUGUUGAAGAUGUAUGUCCCAUUUGUAUUAAACACUAUUGAUUCAAACUGUAUUUUUACCCUGGAAAUGGCUUUUAUAAGUCUUAGCUAAUUAAUUCUGAUCCCUAGAACUUGACUCUAAAAUCCUUGCACCGUAAGUGAUUUGUUUUGAGUGGUAUUUUGGAAGAGGGUAGGGAACACUAGGCUUGUUGUUUUUAUCAACCUCUUACUUAGGCUUGAUGAAUUACAGGAAUUCUGGCAAACCAUCUGCAAAAAAGCAUACUUCCCCAAUAUUAAGCCCUGGCACCUAAUCAUAACUUGGCACCUGCUCUCCUUUGAAGGUAAAAUUCAAUAUUCUUCAGCUCCCAUUCACUCUUUUCCUGCAUUUUUACGGAAUUUGUCAUGAAAUACCCGACGUUGGGUAGGGACCGUCUUUAUAUGUUACUGACUUGUACUUCC